AUGUGUGAAGAUGUACAAGCAUGCAAACCUGCUGUCACUUGUCGAGCCUUGAAAGAUGUGUAUUUCAAGAAAUCUAAGAGACGCCCGACUACCACAUUUUCUUCUGGACAGCAGCGUAUAAAUGUUUCGGGGAAUAGUCUUAAAGAUAAACUGAAAAGAAACUCUUUAUUGAACACUUUGGACAAUCGGAUUGGGAUCGAUGUGAUUUUGGAACACUUGAAUCAGUUGUCCAAAACCGACGCAUUUACCCUGGGUGCCAGAAAUCCCGAACUGGAAUUUCGUGCUGCCUCCGGCUUGAUGUUCGACUACACGUUCACCCGGCUGUUCAAACGUUUAGAAUAUGAAGUGAUGCACACAUUUCAACCGGUCGAUGAUGGAAGCGCACCGUUGCUUUUCGAUGGGAACGGUGGAAACGCUAGCGGUACUUCUUCGGCAGCAGACAAACAAUCUCUGAUUGCCCAGUAUGAGCAGAAAUUGACGCGCCAGGAACAGGAACUGAACUCGUUGCGGUCACGAGUCGGUACGCUGGAACAGGAACUAUCUAAUGCACGGAUACCGGUCAAACCCGUUGCGCCGAAUCACAAUUUAUCGGCGGAGCACGAAUCUCUCAAGGACGAAGUGCUCCAGUUACGGUCACAGUUAGCCGCUGCUCAGGAUCGCCUCCGAAUUCUGGAAGAGCGAGCGGUCGCGGCUGAACAGGCGAAGAAGACAAUUCGUGCGGAACAGGACGAUCUACUGCUACUGAUGCACGAUCAAGAUUGCAAACUGGAACGGAUGCGGGCUCAAAUCCGACAGCUGGGUGGUCAGGUGGAAGAUGAUGAAAGUCCUGCAGAGGAUGAAGUAACUCCCAAAGGAUUGGUCACCCCGUUGGGCUCAGCUUCUAAUACUACACAUACUCUCAUGCCCAAUGGUGUCGCAAAUCCGGUNUCCGGCCUAGUCAGAAUUAUGUGGAUUCUUGAUAAAGACGAAGUUCGAAUACUGCUUGUUGCGGAUCCACACGUUCAAGUUUACCAUUCGUUAUGGUACUACUUGGAAUUUGUGGCUAUUGUGGACAGUGAUUGGUACCUUCGGCGGUACUUUGACAACGCCAUUCAUUGGAUUCAACCAUCCCUGGUUGUAUUCCUGGGCGAUCUAAUCGAUGAGGGAAGUACUGCUCCAACAAAUGCCUUAUUCGAUGCGUUUGAUCGAUUCGAACGCAUUUUUAUGCGCUCCGGUGCAUAUUUGCCGACGUUUCUCGUCCCCGGGGAUAAUGAUGUGGGUGGGGAACGAGAGGAUCAACUGACCGAGGAAAAAAUGGCCCGAUUUCGCGCUCAUUUUGUCUCGUAUCCACGAACAAGACGUGUGGAAUUUGUGCGACUGUUUGUGGAUCCCCUGAACACCAAGUGGAUUAGUCCACGGUUUGCCUCUAAUCAGUCCGAGUUGAUCUCUGUAUUUGUGUCGCAUUUUCCGAUGGUCACUCCGUACGGGAUGGACCCGUCCCCGUCCCUUUUGCGAAGUGAACCGUCUCUGAUAAUCAACGGUCAUGAUCAUGUGGUGUGUGCAUGUAUGUGUGCUGUACUGCCCAUUGUAUUCCGACGGUUCGCAUCUCCUGUUCCGGGACCAAAUUUGGCUCUUCAUAUGCUCUGUAGACAGCAGUCAGGUAGAGAUGCCAAUAGGAUAAUUCCACCCGAAGGACAUUCACUCUAUACUACUCCAUUUCGAACCGAUUUGAACCGGUCAUUACACAAUGGACUGACUGGUCGAGAAGGUCGACUGGUCCAGUUCGGUGUCCCCUCAUGUUCCUAUCGAUCCGGUCAUUCGUAUUUGACCGCCUACGGUCUGCUUCGACUCUAUCGAAAUCGAACUGUCACCUAUCAGCUUCUCGCUUUGCCGAAUCGAUGGACUAUUCUGUUAUGCUACGCAUGUUUGAUUUGUUUCCUAAUUGUUCUACGUGUGGCCUGUACAAAACGACGACUAAAAUGCUGGCUUGGUUCGGUCGGAUUCGGUCUGGCCUUGUCUACUCCCGUGUUGUUCACGUUCGCCUGUUUCUUCGUGAUUCCGUUCUAA